UAUUUAAUGCCAUGCAACAGGCUUGGGAUGAAUUUUAUACGUUAAAAAUCAUUAUAUAUACAUGAUUAUGUUGUUUAUAGUGUAUUUGUGUGUAUAUAAGUGAUUAGCCUGUGUGUGUGGUGCAGUGCUGCUGUGGUUAAUUGUUGUUGUCAUCCAAAUGACAGUUUCCAGAAUGGAGGUGCUUGUUUGGCCCCGGGCUCUUCUAGCUCCACCAGCAUGACUGAGGUGUUUUGUUGUUGUGUUUUUGUUUGGAUGUUUAACCACAGCUCCUGUUUGACGCAGAACACUCUGGAUGGGAAAAGAAGCAGGAUCUGUUGAGUGUGCAUGAGUUUACAUACAGUAGGCCACUGGUCUGGAUGCAGUAGAUCGUAAUCUUCUGAUGGUUAUGAUCAGGGCUGCUGUCACUGAACAUACAGGGUUGAAUUCAGUGGUGAGGAGUUCUGCUGCUCUGAGAUGGCAGACGCAUCAGGGAGUGGUUUUGAGGCGGAGCCUCUGAAGGGUGGAGAGGCAGAAGGGGGCGUGUCUAAGAAGAAAAGCUGCACAGAAAAGCUGGGCUUCUCACAACUGACGGGGUGGCGCACGGCUGCCUUCCUCUUCUCUCUCUUCCUGUGCCUGGCAGUGGUCUUCACCUUUUCAUUCAUCCUUCCCUGCCCCGUACGGCCUCAAUACUUCUCCACCUGGAACCGCACGUUACCUGACGCAGCCACGUAUGAUUUCCUGGCUGUUGAGGACGCCAAUGAAGACAAAGUCUUGGAUGUGUUGUUCAUCUACAAGGACUCUGAAGCCAGCCGCAACACGUGUUUGAGUGAAGAUUUAUCAAUCCCAUGUCUGGUUUUAACAGCUGUUGAUGGUACCGAUGGGAAGACGCUUUGGGAAAGACCUCUAGCUGCUGAAUUUGAUUGGGUGGAGUGUGGCGUAAAGGGCCUCGGACGUCAGGGAACAGGAUGUCUGGUUGCUCACGCAGACAAUCUCACAGCUAUUGAUAAAAAGACAGGUGUGAUCAGGUGGCAGCAGUCACGUUCUACUGUGCUGAAUGGAAAUCUGCCGCUGAUCAGCAUUCAGGAUUUGAACGCUGAUAAAGCAGACGACUUUGCCAUACUUUCAUAUAAUCCUGAAGCGCCAUCUUUCACACCCAUACCGAGCGAGCUGGUGUUUUUCUCAGGAAAGUCAGGUGAUCAGAUCGGCUCGAAGGCGAAUGUUGAUUGGAACGGGGUGUUUGGUCACCAGCAGUUCAAAACGGCCAGUGGCGCUCCAUACCUGCUGUUACUCACAAAAUCUGGACUCUAUGCGGUCAGUUUGCGACAUCUGACAAAGCUGGCCGUUCUGGAGUCUGUGCUGAAGGAAGAGAAAAGCUGGAAGGAAAAAUCUGACAAAAACACUGGAUUGAUCUCCCUCUAUCAGUCUGAUUCUCUGAAGCGUGUGAUGGUUGUUCCUGGCAGUAGUUCUCCAUCACUGCUGGUCCAGACGGACUCCAGCGUGUCACUGUUGCACACAGACAAACUGAAGAUCGCAUGGAGCACCAACACCAGCACUCUGCUCAGUGUGCCAACAUUUGGGCAAUUUGACAAAGAUGGAAUUCCAGACAUAAUGAUAGAGGAAGACAUUGGCAAUAAAACCAAAAGAGUAUUGGUUCUCAGUGGAAGCUCUGGAGUGGUCCUGUGGGAGGUGCAUCUGUUGUUCUGGACUCAGAGUCCUCCUCCCGCGUCUGUCCUCACACUGAACACCUACUCAGUGUUCAUGCUCUGGGGACAGAGUCAGAGUCGCGGCAACCAGACUAAUGAGAUGCAUUCAUCAUUCCUGAUGCAUCCUCGACUUUCCCAACUGCUGCUUGAAAGAAGAAAUCCUGCACAGAACAUCAUAUCUUUUAAGGCGACACUGUUGGAGCGAGGCCGCCAUGCUGGUUACCUCGUUCUGACGGGACCGGAUGGACGGCAGCACGCAGAAUUAGGUGAGACGGAGCCAGUGAUUCUGACCAAGCGGAAGAUCAAGGAGGACGUGCCAGAGAGCGCCGUUCUGAGAGUAGGAGCUGACGAGUCGGCCGUUGAAGAAGCAGAGGUGAAGGAGGCCUUCUACAGGCUGCGCUUCAGUGAAACACAAUGACAGUUUAUAUUUAAACACUAAUCUUCAUCCCAAAGGUCAUAAAAACAAAACAAACAACAGUGGCUGCACGUAGAACUUCACUCUUGAAAUCCA